UAGAAACGAAGGGAAGCCAUGACGUGUUACCUAAAUACCGGCUGUCUGCAACACCAGCGCCACUGUAACAGCGAAGCGAAGUCGCUAGAGGAAGAAAGCUGAGCUUCGCAACCUUUCCAGAAGCAAAGCCAGUUGCGACAGACUUACCCUAGGGCUUCCCCCCCUUUCAACCAGAGAUCUGCCGGAAGAGGAAAAAUGAGUGUAUGGAACUACGUGGUGACGGCGCACAAGCCUACCAACGUUACUCACUCUUGCGUCGGCAACUUCACCAGCCCUCAAGAGCUCAAUCUCAUCAUUGCGAAAUGUACUCGGAUUGAAAUCCAUUUGCUUACUCCUCAAGGAUUGCAGCCGAUGUUAGAUGUGCCAAUAUAUGGAAGAAUUGCAACACUUGAACUUUUCCGUCCACACGGUGAAGCUCAGGAUUUUCUAUUUAUUGCAACAGAGCGAUACAAGUUCUGUGUUCUUCAAUGGGAUGCUGAGACAUCCGAGCUUAUUACAAGAGCAAUGGGGGAUGUUUCAGACCGUAUUGGUCGACCCACAGACAAUGGACAGAUUGGCAUAAUAGAUCCUGAUUGUAGGUUAAUUGGACUCCAUCUAUAUGAUGGGCUUUUUAAGGUUAUUCCUUUUGAUAAUAAAGGGCAACUCAAAGAAGCAUUUAAUAUAAGGCUUGAGGAACUUCAAGUUUUGGACAUCAAGUUUCUAUAUGGUUGCUCAAAGCCUACAAUCGUAGUUUUAUACCAGGACAAUAAAGAUGCACGUCACGUUAAAACAUAUGAGGUUGCUCUAAAGGAGAAGGACUUUGUCGAGGGACCAUGGUCCCAAAACAAUCUUGACAAUGGAGCUGAUUUGCUCAUACCUGUACCCCCACCUCUCUGUGGUGUCCUUAUUAUUGGAGAAGAAACAAUUGUCUAUUGCAGUGCGAAUGCAUUCAAAGCAAUCCCAAUCAGACCUUCAAUUACAAAAGCCUAUGGAAGAGUUGAUGCUGAUGGCUCUAGGUAUUUGCUUGGCGAUCAUGCUGGCCUUCUUCACCUGCUUGUCAUAACCCAUGAGAAAGAAAAGGUUACUGGGCUCAAAAUCGAACUCUUGGGGGAAACUUCCAUUGCAUCGACAAUAUCAUAUCUUGAUAACGCAUUUGUCUAUAUUGGCUCAAGUUAUGGAGAUUCACAGCUGAUAAAGUUAAAUCUACAACCUGAUGCAAAAGGUUCAUAUGUAGAAGUUUUGGAGAGGUAUGUCAAUUUGGGGCCUAUUGUUGACUUUUGUGUGGUUGACCUUGAGAGGCAAGGGCAGGGUCAAGUUGUAACUUGCUCUGGAGCUUAUAAGGAUGGUUCCCUUCGCAUAGUUCGAAAUGGAAUAGGAAUCAAUGAACAGGCCUCAGUAGAACUUCAAGGUAUCAAAGGAAUGUGGUCAUUGAGAUCCUCUACAGAUGAUCCAUUUGACACGUUCCUGGUUGUUAGUUUUAUUAGUGAGACGCGUAUUUUGGCAAUGAAUCUUGAGGAUGAGUUGGAAGAAACAGAGAUUGAGGGAUUUAAUUCUCAAGUGCAGACAUUGUUCUGCCAUGAUGCUGUUUACAAUCAACUUGUACAGGUCACUUCAAGCUCUGUAAGGCUUGUGAGUUCAAUAUCUAGAGAGCUACGGCAUGAAUGGAAUGCUCCACCUGGGUAUUCAGUCAAUGUUGCCACUGCUAAUGCCACCCAGGUUUUACUCGCAACAGGGGGUGGUCAUUUGGUUUAUUUGGAAAUUGGUGAUGGCACAUUGACACAAGUAAAACAUGUGCAGCUGGAGUAUGAAAUCUCAUGUCUUGACAUUAACCCCAUCGGUGAGAACUCUAACUACAGUCAGCUGGCUGCAGUUGGAAUGUGGACAGAUAUAAGUGUGAGGAUAUUUUCACUCCCUGACCUGAAUCUCAUCACAAAGGAGCAAUUGGGAGGAGAGAUUAUUCCUCGUUCUGUUCUUCUUUGCUCCUUUGAAGGGAUCUCUUACUUGUUGUGUGCCCUUGGAGAUGGUCAUCUUCUAAAUUUUCAAUUGAACAUGAGUAGUGGUGAGUUAACAGAUAGGAAAAAGGUUUCUCUUGGGACCCAGCCCAUAACGCUUCGUACUUUCUCCUCUAAGAAUACCACCCAUGUAUUUGCCGCAUCUGAUAGGCCAACUGUCAUUUAUAGUAGUAACAAGAAACUACUCUACAGCAAUGUCAAUCUGAAGGAAGUCAGUCAUAUGUGCCCUUUUAACUCUGCUGCUUUUCCAGAUAGCCUUGCCAUUGCGAAAGAAGGUGAACUUACUAUUGGCACUAUUGAUGAUAUCCAGAAGCUUCACAUUCGCUCUAUCCCACUUGGGGAGCAUGCUCGUCGCAUCUGCCAUCAGGAACAGUCUCGGACCUUUGCAAUAUGUAGUUUGAAAAACCAGCCUAGUGCUGACGAAUCUGAAAUGCAUUUUAUCCGCCUGUUAGAUGAUCAAACCUUUGAGUUCAUUUCGACCUACCCUCUUGAUACUUUUGAGUAUGGUUGCUCCAUACUGAGCUGUUCAUUCUCAGAUGAUCCUAAUGUAUAUUAUUGUGUGGGGACUGCAUAUGUUUUGCCAGAAGAAAAUGAGCCGACUAAGGGCCGUAUAUUGGUUUUCAUUGUUGAAGAUGGGAAGUUACAGCUUAUUGCCGAAAAGGAAACUAAGGGGGCAGUUUACUCUCUAAGUGCUUUCAACGGCAAACUACUGGCUGCUAUUAAUCAAAAAAUCCAGCUGUACAAGUGGAUGCUUCGGGAGGAUGGCACCCGGGAACUGCAAUCUGAAUGCGGACAUCAUGGCCACAUACUUGCCCUCUAUGUACAAACUCGUGGGGAUUUCAUUGUUGUUGGUGAUCUGAUGAAAUCAAUAUCCUUGUUAAUCUACAAACAUGAGGAAGGUGCAAUUGAGGAACGAGCCCGUGACUAUAAUGCUAACUGGAUGUCAGCUGUUGAGAUUCUUGAUGAUGACAUCUAUCUUGGUGCUGAAAACAACUUCAACCUCUUCACAGUUCGGAAGAACAGUGAAGGGGCCACUGAUGAGGAACGGGGCCGUCUUGAGGUGGUUGGUGAGUACCACCUUGGGGAAUUUGUCAACCGAUUCUGUCAUGGUUCCCUUGUUAUGCGAUUGCCAGAUUCUGAUGUAGGCCAGAUUCCAACUGUUAUUUUUGGCACCGUUAACGGUGUCAUCGGUGUCAUUGCUUCACUUCCUCAUGAGCAGUAUGCCUUUUUGGAGAAGCUCCAAUCGAACUUAAGAAAGGUAAUAAAGGGUGUUGGAGGGCUGAGCCAUGAACAAUGGAGAUCAUUCAACAACGAGAAGAAAACUGUGGAAGCCAAAAACUUUCUGGAUGGUGAUUUGAUCGAAUCAUUCCUUGAUCUGAGCCGUGGUAAGAUGGAGGAGAUUUCCAAGGCGAUGAGUGUUUCAGUGGAGGAGCUUUCCAAGAGAGUUGAGGAACUGACGAGGUUGCACUGAUAGGUUGUUGAAUUUAAUUUUUUAUUCUUUGUUUGGCCUUGUUUAGAGACCCUUUUUAUUGGCAUGCGUAGAAGAAGAUUUGCAUUUUCUUUGAAAACUGAGAUGCAUCUGUAUUAUAAUUUUAUCAUCUCGUUGUUCAUAUGACAUUUCUUUUGCCCUUGAUGACCACUCCCAUAGCUAUUGAUUUGGCAGUUCUCAAGGAA